AGGUCUGUAAAGGGAGCCUACGGCUUGCAGCGGAAUCGGCAAGGGCUCUUCCGGGCUAAGAUCAGCUUUGCACAUAUUAGAUUCUACAGCUGCUUUACAAUUGGGUCGGUGGCUGUGGAAUACCACAUCCUCUUGGUGAGAUUGAGGCAGCUGGUGAUGGUAAACGCGCAGAGAGGGACCUCUAGUGACAGCAUCUCUGAGUUGUUUGAGGCAUUCGAAGCUGCUUUUGCUAUACUCGAACGGGAGGCUGUCGUGAGUACCAAUUUGUGCUCUGGCCUUGGACUUCAGAGCAGUGGACCUGAGCUCAACCACUUCUUGCAGAAGUUUGGAAUACGAAGCUUUCUCAGCAUGCGCGCGCAGAGAUUGUUGGGAUCCACGCAAUUGUCUUCGCCUGUGCUUCCCUUGGUGGAUGUUUUGACCUUGCGGAAGCAGCUCCUGCUGGCUCGAAGCCAAGGAUGGCAGUCUUUCCGCAACGCUUGCUUUGGCCUGCUGAGCAGUCAGGAUUCCGACAGCUCUCGGUCAGGUUGCGUGCCGCCGCCAGACAGUUUCAAUGCGGAAGCAAGGCCUUCCCAUUGGGACCGCAGGCGAAAACGGCGCCUCACCGAGGCGCUCUACAAGCCCCGGGAGAAGUUCACAGCUACCCUACAAAGAAAGCCAAAGGUUGCGGCAUCUACCACAGCGGACAUCGCCUUUGAGCGGCUGAAAAUAGCUUCAAGUGCCACAGAGCGGGCUCUAGCAGCUUGCAAGGGAAAGGGAGGCUUGGGAAUCAGAAGGCGCAGCCGGGCAGGACCCAAGCUUCGUGAGGCUCACUGGCUCCGGUGA